AUGAUCCCCGCAGUUAUGUCUCGCUUCUUCCCAUCCAGUGGCGAUCAAAGUGGAGAUAUUAAUGAAAUCCAAGGGGAGCUGCCAGACAAGAAUAAGAAAGUAACGCUGCUGGGAAAAGAACAUGCCGAAUUGGAAAGAAUUACAGAAGACUUCCAAUCGAGACUGUGGUUUACUUAUCGUCGGAAUUUCGCCAGUAUAGGUGGCUCUGGCCCAACCUCUGAUCAGGGCUGGGGCUGUAUGCUUCGCGCCGGACAAAUGAUCAUCGCCGAAUGCUUACUGAGGCAACGUCUUGGCCGCGAAUACGUUUGGAGAGAUAAAGCAGCGAUCGAGGACGAGCGAUAUACAGAAAUUCUCGAGCUCUUCCGGGACACGCACUCUGCUGAGCUCAGUAUACAACAGAUUGCGCUGACAGGAGCUACGGCGGAAAAACGCGCUGUAGGCGAGUGGUUUGGGCCGAAUACGAUGGCCCAGGUGCUGAAGAGAAUCACCAAAAGCAGAUCGUUGGGCUUCGGCGUCGCUGUCGCCAUGGACUCAGUCGUUUCCAUCGAAGACGUCUCCGCGCAAAUCGUCAAUCAAGGCAAUCCGACGCCACUUGUGCUCAUUAUUCCGCUGCGUCUGGGACUCAACAAUGUAAAUGAAAUUUACGUCAAUCCGUUGAAAGUCUUUCUCGCUUCAAAGUACUGCGUUGGAAUCAUGGGCGGAAAACCCAACCAGGCGCACUACUUCGUCGGCUACCAAGAAACAGAUGAAGAGACGUGGCUGCUUUACCUAGAUCCGCACACGACGCAGCAGUCGCCCGUUUCUGUCAACAACCACAUGCCCUUUGAAGAGUUCGACAAAUCCCUCCACACGGACAAGCUCUGCUGGAUUAAAGCGCUCAAGUUGGACCCGAGUUUAGCUGUCGGCUUCAUUUUUAACACUGUCGAAGAGUUUAUUCUUUGGACUAAGGAUGUAAAAGAUGUCCCCGAUUUGCCGUUUGGAGUUGUUGACCAAGUCAGGGUGGCUAUUUUGGACAAAAUUUCGGGGUCUCGCCAUCCAAUUUCCAUCCAAUAA